AUGUCUGACAAUUCACAUUCAGAGAAGCCCAAAGCUGGCGCCGAAUCGCCAACAACCGCACGCGAGCUCGACUUCGACGACGACCACGACCACGACGAGAGCAGAGCAAUGAAGAGUCCUACUCCCAAGCAGGUCAGCUUCGUCGAGGUCGAAGACGAGGAUGCCCCAUCCAAGCCUACCCGCCCUUUGAGCCCACAGUCACAAAACGAGAAGACACUCAAGGAGGCCUUUCCCACAAUCGACCCCAAGGUCAUCAAGGCUGUCCUGAUUGCCAGCAAUGGCAACGUCGAGCCAGCCUUCAACGCUCUACUCGCGAUGUCAGACCCAGACUUCAAGCCCGAAGAAGCCCCCCCACCACAGCCUCCGAGACCUACCCAGGCUCAGCGACAGCUUGACUCAGACGAACAAUACGCUCGUCAGCUUGCCCAACACUUCCAGUCUGAGUCGCGCCCUAGACGCACCAUGAGAGACGAGGACGACCGUGGCCCCCCUCUUCCCAACCGCCCCAGACAGCAACGUCCUGGCCCCGGAGAGGACGACAGAGAAUACAGCUUCUUCGAUGACGACCUUCCUCAGAUCAAGGAGAAUGUGCGCAAGGGCUUCUUGGAGACGCAGACAAAGGUCAACAAAUGGAUCACUGCCUUUACAAAGAAGCUGGACGGAGAAGACAACGACGACCCGUACAAUGGCCCCACCAGACAGGAUAGUCCUCCUCGCAGGCAGAACUAUCGCAGGCAGAACUACGGUCCCUCGCAAUCCGAGCAGCUCUACGGUAUCCGCAGAUCGGCGGACGUGAGCAGAAAGAGUACCGACAAGGAUCGUUAUGACUCGGAUAAUCGCGUCUUGGACGACGAUUUCACAGCACUCGAGCUUCGCGACGAUGAAGGUUCGUUGGAUUACAACAGACUAGGCUUGUAUACGCUGACCUUGAAUCCAGCUCCCCAUCGAGCUUCGUCCUCGCGCAACCGUCCUCUCGCAAACCCUGACCUCUACAAGGCUAACGUCGCGCCUCCUCAAUCCGGCCCGGUUGACGAAGUCGAUGCCAUUGACCGAAGGAACCAGCGUCAACCAUCUCCCGGUGCUGCUUCCAAAUCAGCCAAGUGGCAGCCUUUGACCUCGAUUGCUCCCAACCCCGAGUCCGACGAGAACGAUCCUUUCAGUUUGGGCGACAGCGAUGAUGAGAAGGAGACCAAGACCAAGGACAUCAAGGAGUCCGACACUGCGCGACUGAAGGAGGCUGCUCGCGAGAGCGUGACUGCAGAGUCCGCAGAUGCUCCCAAGACUCUCCAGGCCAGCGAGAGAUCUGGAAGCUCAAAUGUCAGAGAUAAGGAAGCCGAAGCUAUUCUGACCGGCAAGAAGGCUUGA